AUGAAGUCCGUCCUGUUCAAGUCCGUGACCGUCCUCCCAGCCCUCGCCAUGGCGGCAAUGGCUUCUCCGCUUGUCUCCUACGCAGGCUAUUUUUAUGAGAACUGUACCGGUCCCAGCAUCACAGCUACCAAUGUCGCGGCAUCCUUCUGCUCUAAUGUGGAAGAUUUUCCGAUCAAGUCUUUCACGGCAUAUGUAUUUUCUGGGGCCUGUGACGAUUCUAAAUCACCGGUCUUGAAUGUCUACACCGCAUCGAAUUGCGAGUCUGGGUUGUUUGACACUGUGAGCGUGAAUGCUGAGAAGCAGUGCUUCGAGGCGGAUACCACGAUUGUGAGCUUGGGCGUUGAAUGUGUUUGA